GAGACCCAGAGACCCAGAGAAGGAUAGAGACGGGGAGCGAGACCGAGGCGGGGUGGGGGGUGGGGGGUGAACAUAUGACUCAGUAACUUUGGAGCCGCCGUGUUUUCUCCCCUGCGAACCCGGGAGCCUCCCAGGCCCGCUCGGCAUGUAUUCGUCCCCGCUGUGCCUGACCCAGGAUGAAUUCCAUCCGUUCAUCGAGGCCUUGCUGCCCCACGUCCGAGCAUUCGCCUACACCUGGUUCAAUCUGCAGGCUCGGAAACGCAAGUACUUCAAAAAGCAUGAGAAGCGCAUGACAAAGGACGAGGAGCGGGCAGUGAAGGAUGAGCUGCUGGGGGAGAAGCCUGAGGUCAAGCAGAAGUGGGCGUCCCGGCUCCUGGCCAAGCUGCGCAAGGACAUCCGGCCCGAGUGCCGAGAGGACUUCGUCCUAGCCAUCACAGGCAAGAAGCCUCCAGGGUGCGUCCUCUCGAACCCCGACCAGAAGGGCAAGAUGAGGAGGAUCGACUGCCUGCGCCAGGCGGACAAGGUGUGGCGGCUUGAUCUCGUCAUGGUGAUCCUCUUCAAGGGCAUCCCCCUGGAGAGCACCGAUGGGGAGCGGCUGGUCAAGGCCGCCCAGUGUGGCCACCCCGUGCUUUGUGUCCAGCCCCAUCACAUCAGUGUCUCAGUGAAGGAGCUCGACCUGUACCUGGCUUAUUUCAUCAGAGAGAGAGACUCAGAGCAGAGCGGCAGCCCCCGGGCAGGAAUGGGCUCUGACCAAGAAGACAGCAAGCCCAUCACACUGGACACCACAGACUUCCAGGAAAGCUUUGUUACCUCUGGGGUCUUCAGUGUCACUGAGCUCAUCCAAGUCUCCCGGACACCUGUGGUGACAGGCACGGGACCGAACUUCUCCCUGGGCGAGUUACAAGGGCACCUGGCCUAUGAUCUGAAUCCUGCCAGCACAGGCAUGAGAAGAACACUGCCCAGCACCUCCUCCAGUGGGAGCAAACGACACAAAUCAGGCUCCCUGGAGGAAGACGUGGACACGAGCCCCGGCGGGGAUUACUACACGUCACCCAACUCCCCGACGAGUAGCAGCCGCAACUGGACGGAGGACAUGGAAGGGGGGAUCUCACCCACAGUGAAGAAGACUGAGAUGGACAAGUCCCCCUUCAAUAGCCCAUCGCCUCAGGACUCACCCCGCCUCUCCAGCUACACCCAGCAUCACCGGCCGGUCAUCGCUGUGCACAGCGGUAUCGCCCGGAGCCCUCACCCCUCCUCCACGCUGCAUUUCCCAACCACCUCCAUUAUCCCCCAGACGGCCUCUACCUACUUCCCCCACACUGCCAUCCGAUACCCGCCUCAUCUCAACCCCCAGGACCCCCUCAAAGAUCUCGUCUCCUUGGCCUGUGACCCAUCCAAUCAGCAGCCAGGACCGUUAAAUGGAAGUGGUCAAGUCAAAAUGCCCAGUCACUACCUUUCCACCCAGAUGCUGGCACCGCCACCGCCCCCAGGCAUGCCCCGGCUGGCUCUCUCCCCUGACACCAAAUCUACCACCACAACUUCCGAGGGAGGAACCACAUCGCCGACUUCGCCCAUCCUGGUAUCUGGGAUAAACAAGGUUCUCCCCACACGUCCCUUCUCCUGUGUCUCGGGGCUAUCCCGGGGGGAGAAAGGCAGCCCCCCGGCCCACGUUUUCGGUGGAGAGCUAGUGCGAGUGAGGACGUCCUCCCAGCCACCCCCGCCAACAUCCAACCCGACAAAAAAAACAAACAAACAAAAACACAACAAAAAGAGACAAACAAAAAACAAAGACGAAAACCAGAGGUAAGACAGAAAAGUCAGAGACUCUCUCCGAAGAGCGAGUGAGGUUCCGCGCCUGGCAGUCAGGAACACGGUCGCCCGGUCCCCCAGCGACAGACACCCCGGCCGAGGGGCCCCGGGGGGCAGCCUAUGCAACACGGUGUCUUUCUAAUUUAUUCAUCUCCUCUCCACCUGCCACGACUGAAGAAAGGACCGGAUGCCCAGCCUGUCCCCCGCCCCCUGCUCCCAUGCCCGCUCCCAGGACACGCGGCUGCUUGCCCCUGUUGGCACCGGGCAGGCUGAGGGCAGUUCCCAUUGGCACCAGCGGCCGUCCCUCUGCCCAGGGAUGAGCAGAUUUAAACAAACAGACAGACAGCGUGCUUUGGGUUAGCUCCCAGACCCACUGUCCAGAUCCUUUCCCAGAGAGAGGUGAGCGUGUCCCUAAGGCCCACUACAGACGGGCCCCUAGAGGUAAAGGAACCGGACCACGUGCAUUCUCUCCUCCCCACCCGCCCUGCCCUCGACGCCUGCUCUGGGCCGGACAGCAGCAUUCCAAAAAGGCCGGGGCCCGUCAUGCUUGCUAUUUGCCACGGGGCUCAGGCAGCAGCCUGCUGGGGACCAGGGGACCCGUCCCAAGUGGCAGACAUGCCAUGGGCCCACCGCUCUGGGGGUGCUGUGGAAGGGGGGGAGCGGAGGCGGGCAUUGCAGGGCCUCUGAAGGGGCGAUGGUGGCAGGGGGGAGAACGGCUCUCGGGGCUUGGGCACCGAGGUCAGGGCGGGGGCCACCGAGAGGGUCAGAGUCGGUGAGCGUGGCACAGCAGGGCAGGGUUUGGUGGCACAGGGCCCCUUGGUGAGAGGAUUCUGCAUGAUCUGAGCUAAAAAAAAAAACCCAGAGCCCCAAACAAAUUUCUUUGCCCCAAAGGACUCAUUGAAAACACCCCAUUUUCUGCACCAUUUUUGGAGACAUCUAAUUUGGCCCGAACUUGGUCCUGGACCCCUCUUGCUUCUGUAUUUCUAUCUGACUGGGACUUGUUCCUUCUUCAUGCCUACCCCUUUUGGGAGAAAAGGUCUAUGCAAUCAGUCCCACUCCUCCCCUAGUGCGGUGCCCUGGAGCCUGGGACCCGGGACCGAAAGGACGGAGGAAGGAGGGGGCCCACCAAAACCUGUGACCCAAAGCCUGAGGCCCUGGGGAUGAUGUACGCGCUGCGAAAGAUGCACUUUUGGAGGACAGAAAGGGAAGGGGAAGCCACCGAAAGACCUGCCCCUCACCUGCCCACUGCUCCCAAGGCUUUAGUCCGACUCUUAAGGAUCUUGACAGGCCUCCCGGAUUGGAGAGGUUGUGGGGUGGGGAUGGGAAAGACAGGUUCCCCCUCCCCGACAAAAACGCUCUCCUGUUCCCCUUCCCCACCCCGGCGAGCUGGGCUGUGGAGUGUACGCGAUUUAAGUGCCUGAAUCCUGGAUCGCUACCCUCAGCUACUGCCCUCCCCCCACAGCAGGGCCGAGCGAUCAUGGAUGGCCAGAGCCAAGACCUGGGUGGCCCUCUGCCCUCCAUGCCCGCUCAAGGCACCUCCACCUCCCUUUGCCAACUCCACAGACCCCCCUUCCUGGGCCCUGCUGGUUCCCUGCGCAUCAUCACUGAGAUACCUCACCAAGGGCCACCUGGAGACCCUGGGGUCCCUGGUUUCUACCCGUUGGUGUCUGGGCCUCAGGCCUCUCCCUGGGGAAGGAGGAAGGGGACACCUCCCUCCCCAGUGGCCCUUCCUCCCCAUUCAACAGGUAUCUCUUUGGGUCUCAGACACCUUCAUCUCCUUACCUCCCCCAAGCCAGAGAGAUGGGAGAGUGAAAGACAGAGUGGGCAUUUGCCCCUGCCAGCCAACCGCCCGUCUGGGACAGAGGAGAUUGGGGCCCAAGGGGUCAGGGAAGCUGCCCCCUCCCCCGAUUCUCUCCUGUCCCCUCUGCCAGUGCCUUAAAACCAAGAGUGACGCCCUUCCCAUAUCCAUGUCCCCCUCCCCCCCCCCCCCCCCCCCAGCGCCUAUGGCUACCCUCCCCCCCAGCUCAGCCCAGGCCAGGCCAAGGGGAACCGCCCCAUUGCACUUUUGUCUUCCCUGUUGGCUCUUGGGAGUGUGUGAGAUAGGUUGGAAAGGGAGAGGCUGCUUGGUCCGGUCCCCUGCUCUGUGACUGAUCCUCAUGAGGGGGGAGACCUCGGUAGGGAGGGAGGGGGGCCGAGAUUCUGCCGAGAGGGAGAGCCUGCCCCACUCCGGCUGGCGAGGAGGCAGUGCCCCGGCCCCGCCCCGGCUCUCCCUGCCGCCGUCGUGCACCCCUGCCAUCGCCCCCCAAAAACAUGCACCCCAGCAGAGGGAGAAGUAGCUCGGGCCUGGGGUGGGCAAUCUGUUAAGCAUUUCCGUUGAGCCGCUCUGAUAACACUAAGCUCAGGGAGCCAGCCCUAGGCCUCCCUCCUGUUCUCACCUCUGACCCGCCCUCCCCCAGUCACCAGGGGAGGGAGGAGAUGCCUGGGACUACCACUUCUGGGGUGCCCUUGGGCCCUGCGAGACCCACGUCUGACCUUUCUAGACCUCCUUCCCACCGGUCUCGGAGGGGCCCCUUUCCCUGGAGGGGGGUCUGAGCCAUGUGGGGUACUGAGCCGGAAGGGCUCCUCCCCCUGUGGGAAUCUCGCUCUUGGCCCAGGUCCCACCUUCCUUCUUUCUCUCUUCUCACCCACCCACUGCCACCUCCUCCAGAGACCAUCCUUUCCUCUCAAACUGGCACAAAGGCGUGGCAAGCCCAGUGGAUCCAAAAGAGAAAGACCAGAGUUUCCUAAGCUCCCUCCUCAGUUCCUCUUCCUCCCCUGUGCCAUCCUUCUCAUCCUCUGGAGCUUCCCCGAUGGCAGCCUUGUCGCCCAGUGGCGAAGGGUGCGAUCCUCGUGCACUUAACCCUGGUGUCCUCCCCACUCCCAAGAGGGCCCCAAGUCACUGGACGGGGUUGGCCUUCGGGACCCGAAGCGAGCCUCUCGUGGGGGUGGGGGGUGAAGAGCGUGUGCGUGUGCGAGUGCGUGUCUGUGUGUGUGCGUGUCGGGGGGGGGGGGGGCAUUGGAACCUUCGGUACAGGCAGCCCUAGCUCCCUAGGGUCUUAGGGGUGGGGGUGGGAAGGACCGCAUUCCAGGCGGGACCUUGCGGAACCAAGCUGGGCUAGCAAGUUGGCGUUCAAGGGGAGAACUCAAAGCUAAUAAAACUGCAUGGUGCUUAACCAGGAACUCGUGUGACCUAGCUCAAGCUGUCAGCUCGGAGCUGAUAAAUGCAUGGCAGACUAUAACUGGCUCUACCUUUCCCCCUCUCCACCUUCCCCUGCCCCGUCCUCUUUAAAAAAAAAAAAAUUAUAUAAAAAAGUGAAAAAAAAUUCCAUGUUUCCUAAUUUGCACGAAAUUUUCUAUCACAUGAUGUGCCUUGCCUUCCAAGAAUAAGUAUUAACUUUCAACGGUAUCACCGCACAGAGAUAGCUGCAUGCUCUGCUCGUGUAGUUAAAAUAAAAUCAAAUAAAAAAUAAAAAUGGAAAAGGGGGAUGUACUUCUAUUUGUAAAAAAAAACAAAACAAAACAAAACAAAACAAAAAAAUCACCAAACAAAAAAACUCAAACCCAUCCAGCAUCCAGCCCUCCUCAGCUCCUUCUUUGGGCCUCACCUCCGUCCAUCUCUGUUCAUGUUUCUUGGGCCUAAAGAGGGGUUCCUCAUGUAAUGGCCAUCCCAAAGCCUUUCUAGCUCUUGCCCCUUUCUCAGCUAUCUGCCCAAAGCUAAGCUUGAAGGGUCCAGGAGGCUGUUUGUUUUUAAUUUGGAAAUGUUAACAUCCAAACCCUAAAGGGAUUGUCCCUGGAAGAGGAGGGCUGCGUUCCUACCGUCCUGGAUGACCACCUCCUAGGGUGUUACUCUGAGGUGACCAUCUCCUAGAGUUAAGACCCUGAAAGAGACACCUCCCCCCCCCCCAGAGCUGCACUCUGACGGGGAACCUGCGCCUUCUAAAGGGUCACCUCACGCGGGGUGACCGUCUCUUAGAGUGCCACCCUAACGGAAAAUACUUGUCCUCUGAGGUGUCGCCCUAACUGGAAUAACUGCCUCCCAGGGUGGCAACCUGAAAAAUUGUCCCUUAGCAUCUCAUCCCAGCUGGACGACUGUCAUCUUAGCUAUCACCCUACCUGGGGUGGGAGGGGAGGUCCCGUAAGGGAACACUAACUGGGAUGACUGCCUCCCUAGAUUCAGUCACCCUGAUGGAAACUUCUGUCCUCCAGCAUGUCACCCUAGCAUGUACGACUGCCUCCUAGGGUGGCACUCUAUCAGGGACCGUUCUGUCCCAGGGGGUCACCCUAGCGUAGAUGACAGAUUCCCCCCCCCCCUCCACCUCUAAAAUAAUCUAGUUCCGACUGUCUCCUCAGCAGCCCCAGUGAGGGCUCAGGCUUCCACAAUCGUUAUUUAACAUAGGAGAGAUGGUCAUUCUUGUGUCUCUUCCACCUGACACCUCCCCCACCCACCCAUAUAAGUUUUGCCAAAGCCCGUUCUUUCCCUCCCCUUCACUCCCCACUUGGUGGGCCAUUUGGGGAUGGAUUUUGCUCCUGCCCUGACAGCUUCUCCCUUGCUCCAUGUCUUCCAGUUGUGAAUACGAAUGCAUCUAGUAUGGCAAAAGUAUAUAUUUAUCUAUCUAUCUCUCUAUAUGCAAUACCUGUUUAGUCUCUGCUCCUCGGCUGGCUAACCACUCUGGGUGACUUCAUGGGGAGAGACAGGAGGAGGGCCUUAGAGAAGCUGCUUUGAUCUGGGAGUGGGUUGGGAUGGAGGCCUAUGGUCCCGUUUCAUUUUUCUGGGCAGUUUUGUGUUUGUUUUAUUUUUCUUAAUUGACCAAAGCAAAGCAUGUGCUGUGUUUCUCCUCCCUAGAUACUUUCCCUCCCCCUUCCCCUGGUUAUGGGGGCCAGGGUUUAGGGUGAAGGGCUGAAUUUAGUGACCCAAGCUGUGAAAUUAAGGGAAAGAACCGCCUUCCAGCCUCUGGUCCUCUCUUCUCUAGAGUCCUUCCAUCAUCUAUUUCAUCAUUGGGUCAGGGACGGUCAUCAUCCCACCCACAUACUCCUGUCUUUUUUGCUUCUUGGGGAGUAAAGCGGUGCCGGAGCCUAGGAAUGAGAACAGGGGAUCACCAGGUACCUGUAGCUCACCCGGCAGAUCUUGGGGAGUUCAGAAAAGUUUGAGGCUCUGUCUUGGUCGUUAUGGCUCCAUGGUUCCUUCCUCACCAUCACUACCACAACACCCCUCUUUCCAAGCUAUCAUCUUCCUGGGCCUCCCUUGACACCUACUUUUGGCUUUUGAGCAAGGCUAGGGCCGUGGGCUCCCAUUUCUGCCCCAUGAGACCCCCUGGAUUUUAGUUAUUCCCCUUCCAUACCAUCCUUUCUUCUUUCAAAAGUGCCACUAAAAACUAGAGCAGGGGUGGGGGUGGGGGAUUGUGAAGGGUAUGACAACUCCAUUCUAUCUUGUUUCCUGAAUCUAAAAGCUGUGGGAGUUUGUGUCUGAGAAUUGGGUUGUAUGUGACUGAUUUAAACAAGAAAGGCACUUUGUGUUAGCUAAACCAGAGAAAGUGGCCUAGAGGGUUCCUGGAGAGACACUAGUGGUCAAGUCAGAAAGUCCUGAGGUCAUUUUUCCAUCUUCCUACCUCCAUCCUGGCCUGGAUCUCAUCACCAUCACCAUUCCCUAACUCAAGAACAGUAUGUAGGUUUCGCCCAAGUCAGAAGUUCCCUUGGCCAAACACUUCCUGUCCUGUUCACUUGUUCCACAAAUAGUUCCUGAGAGCCAGGGGCUAUUCAAGACUCAGAUGGGUGGUCUUUCCAGUUCUCUUAAACACAAGUCAGGACUCCUGCCAGGGAGUCAAAAAUUCAAAAACCUAUCCCCUUCUCCUCUCUUCCUUUUUGUCCCAUUCUCUUCUCAGUCAUAGAGAGCCUUUGUCCUUCCAAUAUCAAUAUUUUGAUUAGAAUUCCAUGGAAAGGGAAAGAGAUUGGAAACUCUGCUUGGAAACUCAUGCAAAACAAUGGCCUUGAGGCAUAAUGGACAUAAAACAUUGAGGGCCCAGGCUGGAGUAGCACUAAGGUUGUUGGGAGUGAAGGCAAUCUAGCCCCUUCUAGGAGCUGCCUUGAACACCCUCUCCCCCCUCUCAAAGUGUAAGAACCCUGGUAGUAAAUGCUCAGUCAGUCUAUUUCACUCCUCAAGCUGUGUACAUCUUGAGUUGGGAAUGGGAAAAAGAAAUGCUUUUGUGUUGGUAGAGAAUUUGGAAGAUCAACAGACUCUUCCCAAACAAAGGAGAUUUUGGUCAAAGGACCACAUCCUCCUAAUUCUAGCCUUCUCACCACCUCCUACCAUCCAGAGGCUUAAAGAGACUUGGGAGCUUAUUUAGCAUUGACCAUGUCCCAACUCCUACAUGUCCCAUAAAUAGAGUAAUUCCGGCUCCCAUCCAGUCCCCUCCACUUAAGAUGUCUCAUUGGUCACCAAUUAUCCAUCUGCCUUCAGGGCAUCUGUCAUUCUGCCUAACAGUGGCUGUACCUUCCUUUACUCACCAAGAUAUGAAACUCUGGUUGCCACUUCCGCCUGGUAUAUGGCUUUGGCUGACUAAAUGGCUCUUCCUGGUUCAGAGUUUAAGGGCUCUCAUUGCACCAACCUAGUCGCCAUCAGGAAUUUUUUUUCAUCUGUUUUAUUGGUUCCCAGAAGCUCCUCACGCACACACACACAGAAUGAUAAUAUUUAUGAGAUUUUCAAAGGGGCCCCUACAGAUACCACCCCAAAGGUCCAAUCUGGAUAAAAUUCAGGAAACCAGGCCCUGAAAGGGUUGGCCUUUCACUAGUUGGAAUUCAGGGUCCCCUUCUGGAUGAGGAAAGUGUGACAAUCAAGUCUUCAGCCUAACUUCGUCUCUUGAGAUAGCUCACAUUCCCCCAAUUGUCCCUCCCCCCUCACUGUCUAUAUAUCUAUAUGUAGAUAUAGAUCAUUCUCAUUUCCUUAGCGAUUUAGUCUGGGUCCCCUUCCAUCUCCCCAACCUCUCCCAACCAGGAAGGAAUAAACUUCAGGAGAAAGAUAGAAGAAGAGAGCCACAAGCUCUAUUUGAUUAAAUGAGGUUAGAAAAGGGUUAGAAGAAUCAAUCAGGAGGCAGGGGUCAGAGGGACUCUUUAGCUAGCCUAUCUUCUUCCUUAGGUCCAAAGAGUGCCGAAAGAAAGGGACAUCCCUCCCCAACAACAUGGGGGCAUCAGGGGAUGAAGGGGCCCCACUUUCCAGGGGAUAAUAGCAUUAUUAAUCUUCAUUCACUUGCUUGAACUUCACACUCAUUCAGAUACAGAAAUAAAAGCUGGGUACAAAAGGAAGGGAGAAAUCCAAGCAUCUAAACAGUGGGCAUCCCCAAAAGUGAAAUAUCAUCUCUUACUUAAGGUUCUGAACCAGAGUUCUGAGAUGACCCUUUCCCUAAGCACCCAGCACCGAGCACCAGUGUUCAGGCCCCAGAUUCCUCCCUCUCUCAGAGGCCCUCAAAAUCCAGAUGACUUUGGUCUUCAAGCUUGACUAUUCUUGGGCCAUCAUUCAUGCACUACAGUGGCUCUCUUAGUGACUACAAUAUCAAAUUGGGUAAAACAGAGCUGUAGUUUGGGUGGGGGGAGUACAGUGAGAGAGAUUAGCUCUACAGACACCUGUUCACCUAGAUCAACAAAUUCCAGAGUCCUCUAAUAGAAUUCAUUGGGAAACAUCUCAAUUGGGCAGAAUUAAAGCUGCCUCCUUCCCCAUACUAGAGCAUCCCCAUACUAGACCUCAUCGAUGGUACUUUAAACUUUAUUAUCCACUCACAAUUUUUUGUGAUAUGGACUAUAAAUUGCUGCUCUUGAGGGGUCAGUUUUUCUAACUGACACAUCAUCCAAGAACUUGGAUUUUGCUCUUAAUUUUUGAGGGAAUGAACAUCUUCCUUCCCCUACAUCUUCCCUUGACUAUAUCCUCUCACACCUUGCCCUGCUACUUUCUCCUUCUGUCCACUGGGCAUCUGGAAAGCAGUAGAUCAACUGCUAGAAUCUCUGAUCAGCUUCAGUCCUGGUUGUGAUGUUCCCCCCCAAAAAAUGUGCCUCCCAUCCCUCUAGUCUUCUCUCUACCUUCCAUUAUGGCUGGAUUAAGAUCCCUCUGGUGCUUCAUCAUUAUCCAUGAUUAAAGUUAGCCACACAAUAAAAAGGCCUCUGUUUCUUUUUAAAGGAGGGAUUGGGACAAGGUUUUGGAACAAGGAAGAAGGAGGGAAAGCCAACCAAAAGUCAAAGCAGCAGGACUGUUGACAUCCAAACCAAAAAUCAUUUGUUCCCAAGCAGUGCCUCGCAAGUUCCUGCUGGCCUGGCUUUGAGGGGUGUUUCUCAUCUGGCCAUUUCAGUCCUUGCUUAGGAAGCUGUAGGGAAGGAGGGUGAUCUACGUCCUUAAGAGGGUAUAUCACAACCCUGAAAGAAUAAGACUGUGCUAUGAUUCAGCUGAGGGGUUCUAGGGUGAUCUAAAGUUAUUGCUCCCCAGUCUGGAAGUCUUUAAGGCUUUAGAUUCCAUGCUUUCCAGUGCCUAGGAACGUAAGGGUGGUAAAUACAGCAGAAUCCUAGCCCUUGCUGGGAGCUGGAAUGGGAGCCUAUAUCUGUUCUUCCUGGUGGAACCCGCAUUCCAAGUUCGGAGGAGGAUGGGGAAACUCUGGAGCAAAAAUGAGAUGGUCUUGGGGGGUAGGGGAAGCAUUGAGUCCAUCAAAGAUUUCCUCUCUCACCCAAAGCAAUGCUGUACUCAGAGUCACAGACCACCAGAGACCAUCUACUCCAUCCUCCACAUAAGAUUCUGCUUUACCAGUGAGUCCAUGGGUUUAUUGGAUUGAAGCAGGAAUGUGAGGAGAUAAGCUGGGAUGGCUUUCCAUCAGCACCCUGGACAGGGAAGCAGGUAGCCCAUCCUGGCCACACCCUUCUAUGUGAUCCCUAAAGAAAAUCCAGUCUGUAAUUCCCUUGGUCCCCUGCCCAGGCAUUACCCUUCCCAGGAUCCCCAGAUCUUGGGGUUCACAUCAAAUCCUUGGACCCCAAUGACCCCUCCCAACUCCCACCAUAAUCCAACAACAAAAACAACAACAAAACAAACCAAAGGACACCCUUGGUCCCAACCCCACACUCCCCCUUUCCCAGCUCCUGAUUCCCAGGCUCUCGGACUCCUAUUCAAUGCUUUGGACAGGAGUUGGCAAGAGGCAGGAGGGACAGUCCCCCCCAACCCCAGACUUUUCUGUUACAGUUUCCGUAGAUCUCAUGUUGAUCGCUCAAGGGCAAAAUACAGGUGAAAGAGGGGUGGGGAGAGAGGGAGGAGAGGAGAUGCUGCGUAGAGUGAGAUCAAGUACCAGAGAUUUCUCUCUGGGAACAUGAUAUAAUGGAGAGAGAAAAAGAAUUUGCUUUACUGGUGUCCUCUUCAGUUGUUGUUUUUUGUGUGCGUGUUUUGUUUUGUUUGCUUUGUUUUCUCCAAGAUUUCUUUUUCCAUUUUAUAUUUUAUCAAUAUUAUGGGACUAGUUAAUCUGUUUCUUGCUUCUUGCUUCCUGCACCUAUCCCACAAUGCCCUCGCACACACACACACACACACACACACACACACCCAUGCAUCAUAGAUUGGAAGCCACCACAGGCCCAGGACUGAGCUCUCUUAUCCUUGGCCGACCCAUCAACAAAUACAUACACAGACUGCCCAGUUCCAAGGGCACAAUAUUGGGACUGGGAUGGGGGAGGGGAUCUAACGCUGCCCUUCCUCCUUCCCCUUCCCUCCUACCUGUCCCCUCGCCUCCUGCCUCAGUUUCCCUCUCUUCCCUCCCCUUCUUCUGCGCCUCACACCCUAUUUGAUUAUAACAUUGUAUGAUGCAGCCCUUACGGUCUAGCCGAUGCGCCUACCUAAAUACCAUUUAUUGAAAGUGACGAUGGUUUGUUCCCUAUGCAAAAAAAAGAAAAAAUAUUCCAAAAAAAAGAAAAAAAUGUAUAAAACAUUAAACAAGCUAUGCUCCAACUCUA